AUGGAGGGCGGACCCCUGAGCUCCAAUCCUCCUCCGCAGGAGGUAGCCACCAAAGAGGAGGCUUCCCCAGAGGCUGAGACCAAAACAGACAACAAGUCGGCGGAUGCAGAACAGGCGUGGCCACAGGAGGGUGAAGAGCCUCAUCCUUCAAACCUGGAAGACAUGGCUGCUCCAUUACCGAGAAAGGAGAGUUCCAUUCUAAAACGCAGUGGCAGCUCGGCAGUGGACAAGGCUGUGAAGAAGGGCGUGAGCUGGGGUGCCUCCGCUGAUCGUGCGGUCUCUUUCCAGACGGAGGAGGCGCCGUCUUCGUCCGCGGCAGAGAGCAAACUGCCUAUGGGGGAGGGGGGUGCCGUGGAGCCCUCGCUGAGUGGAGUUCUGCGCACCUCUGGCGAUAUGCGGAGAAGCCGAUUCAACAUUCCUCGGCUAGAGCUGGAAACAAAUUUGAAGAACUCGUUCGAGGAGGAGGGAGGCCGCCCGGCCGCGCUCCUUAAAGACCUGGGCCUCUCACAGUCCAGCGUCAGCUCCAGGGGCUCCGUGUCCUCUCGUUCAAGCUUCGCCUCAUCUCACUUCUCCCAUCUCAGCUCGACCCAGGAGAUCCUCUCCAGCGCCUUCCACACAGUCUACAAGAAAAAUUACUUGGCCAGCAUGGCUUCGAAGGAUAACCCACCGUUUGUGCGGGCCGAUAUGCUGGCAGAGCAUCCCGCGAGUCUCGAAGUCUUCGGUUUUCCCUGUCGCUCGUUGCGCGAGAGUCGGCUGUGCAGUUCCAGAAGCGCCAUGUCGACUUCCUCGGAAGAGGAGGACGCUGAGGGCGGAUUUGGCUUCCUUGAAUCCACUAGUUCACAGGCUUCUGCCAAGGAGGCGAUGAAACCUGCGAUUCGACGCCGCCCGCGCUUUCGCUUUCAGAGUGACGGCAGCCGAGCCGAAGGGGCUUCCACGGAUUCCUUGUCCUCCAUCGAGGCGCCGCACGCACUCGUUGCGGACUUGUUGGAACACAGAUGCUCCGUCGGCGAAGACAUGCCAGAACGCAAGCGGAGCGUGUGCGUGCGACGCAGUGGCAUCAUGAGCAAACUUUCACUCAGGAAAUCGGCACGCUCUUUGCAGCGCACGCCGACAGUCUCCGCGAUGGAGCUCGAGAGAUCCGAAAAACGCUACGAGGCGGAAGUUUUCUCAGAGAUCCUUGAAAAAGUAAACGCGCGCGCGCAUCGCCGAGGCGAACGACCGGAGGUCUAUGAACAGCUCGCACCCGAGAAGAAGAAAACAGAAACCCACCUUCCUGCUUCGCCGUUUUCUGAAGGCUUCUUCACUGAUGCUCCGGGGAAGGCGAACGUGGAGAUUCGCACACGCAAAAUCGACCCCGAAUGGGCCUUCCAGCAGUUCAGCGGGAAGAAAAUCGACGGAGAGGCACGUUUCGAUGACAGUCUCGAGAUUCUCUAUGAAGAGCGAGAGGAGGUCAAGCUGCAUGGCUACUCGCGUUUCCAGAAGGAAAGCGCGAAAGAACGAUAUGAUCGCCUUGUCCGCGAAGUUCCUCAUGCAAUCGUCGGCGUGCGCGAGUACUCAUCCAACAUGAAUCUGCUGGAAAAAAUCCACAAGGAAGAGGAGGAUCCGCCCGAGGGGUCUCGGGCGGCCUACGUGCUGCGCCUGAACGAUAUGCUGCGAAGCCAGCGCGAGGCUGUCGGGGCGCUGGUGAAGGACUACGUGGCGGCGGACGUGACUCUUCAGAACGUUUUGUUUGGCCGAACGAACUUCACACUCGAGGGAGAGCUGGUGGACGUCGACUUGUUCGAUGCCUACUGUCCUGACGACUGCCUGCCUGUCAAUGCAGUCGCUUCCAGCGCGUUUGCUUCGUCUCACGGCAGUGCAUGUGCCCAGGGCUUGGGAAUCCCAAUCAGACGAGGCGUGGCUGAGCCUGCGAUCCAAAUUCGAGAUGGCGCAGUGAACGAGGGUAUUGCACUCGCGAACUUCGAGAGGCGACUACAAACCCUCGAGGGCCGCUUGGAGGACGUGUGCAACUUGAUUGACGAGAACAGGCUUCUCCCUCAGAAGAGUUUGACACGAGACGCGCUGGACAAAUUCAAGGCAGACUCACGUAGUUUCGCCGCGCAACUGACGGCGAUGGACAACGUGCUGUCACACGCGCUGUCAGAGCCCGCGCUGAAUCGCCUGGAGCUGCGGCUGCAAGUAGUCAAGUCGCAGAUGGAAGAACAAGAGGCCUUCGUCCGCAGUCGCGAGCAGCAGCGCGCGAGAGAGAAGCAACGCCAAGUCGAGAGCGGAGCGGCGGACCCUGCAGACCUCGUCGACCUGCCCGACGACUGGAAGCCCGAAACCCUUCUCAAGAGACUCCACGAAUCUCUCAUCAGCUUCAAAGGAACUGCGGAACGCAUUGAUGAAAUUGGAGGCAAGCUGGAGAGUGCGUUCGCGGCGCGCAAGCCGCUGGUUGACUUUCUCAAGAAGAUGCACAACCAAGAAAAGCAGAACGAAGUUGUGCUGGCGACGUUGGGUUCGGCCGUUCAAAUGCUGCAAGCAUUGAACGGCGCUCACGCGAAGGCGAAGGAGACGGCGGGCGUGUCGCCGGUCCUCGGCUUUUUCGGCGCGGAGGCUCCGGCGGCGUCGCCCAAGCGCAAGAGCGUGGCAGGGCUUGAGUCCGCUGCACUCGGCCUGCGGUCAGGCAGCGGCUCACAGGGUAUGAGCUUGUUGCCGGCGCCGAGCAUCCGGCGAACGAAGACAGGCUCCUCGGACAAAAUGGAGCCGCUGCUUCAGAAGCGCGUCUCGUUCGAUCUCAAAUCGCGGGCGACACGCGUCAGUUCGAAGGACGAAGCGAAGCUCCAGGAGCUGCUGAGAAAGGCUGGGCUGCGCGACACGCUGAAGCUGAAACGCGGCGCGACCGAGAGCUUCGGCGCAGCCCAGGCGGCGCCCGCCGCAGAGGGGUCCAAUCCCCAAACAACGAGCUGGCGGGUGAUGAAAUUCAAGUCGUUUUCCUAA